AACAGUUCGCGCGUUCAGGGAUACAUUUGGCGCCACAGACACAACACGGAGAAAGCACUAUAGAAGUGAGAUUGUCCUCUCCGAGUUCGCUGUAAAACGUACAUUUUCACUCUACAUAGCUAUAAAUUAAGCUUCAACAUGACUAACAUGCUGACAAUGGGAGCGAUAGAGGCUCUAACCAAAGGCUCUAAUGAUUUACCCAACCCCAUUCUUCAAUUAGUGAACAUCCGUAAAAUUGAUGGAGGCAGUGGACCAGCCCGCUUUCGCCUGAUGAUGAGUGAUGGACAGCACUCAAUGUCCUCGUUCAUGCUCUCCACCCAACUCAACCCGAUGGCUGAGGACAACCGACUGUCCCCAAACUGUAUCUGUCAGCUGAAGAGGAACGUGACCAAUGUCCUAAAGGAUGGACGGCGUGUGGUGGUCAUAUUAGACAUGGAGGUGGUGAAGUCUGCAGAUGAGGUGGCUGGAAAGAUCGGAGAGCCCACGCCUUACGUGGAAGGUCAGAGUAAAGCCCCACAGUCAGCCCCCAAUCCCUCAGUCCACCCCCUGCAGCCCCAGAAUGGAAAUUAUGGCACCAUGAACAAAGGUCCCAGCAGAGAGUUUGGGGGGAAGAAGGCCAUGCCGCCGUCUGCAAUGCCCAGCACUCCUGGGGGAUCCUCCAAAGUCGUGCCCAUCGCCAGCCUCAACCCCUACCAGUCAAAGUGGACCAUCCGAGCACGUGUCACCAACAAGAGCGGCAUCCGCACCUGGAGCAACUCUCGUGGGGACGGCAAGCUGUUCUCUAUGGAGAUUGUGGAUGAGAGUGGAGAGAUCAGAGUGACUGCCUUUACCCAGGAGGUGGACAAGUUCUACAGCAUCAUUGAGACUGGCAAGGUGUUCUACAUCUCCAAGGGAUCAUUGAAGAUCGCCAACAAGCAGUACUCGUCCCUGAAGAAUGACUAUGAGAUGACCCUGAAUGGAGAGUCCACCAUCAUCCCCUGUGAGGACACCCAGGACGUACCCAUGGUGCAGUGCAACUUCGUCUCCAUCGCUGACCUGGAGGCCCGAGAAAAGGACGCCAUUUUGGAUGUGAUUGGAGUGUGUAAGAGCGUGGCUGACGUGACCCGCCUCACCACCAAGAACAACCGUGAGGUCUCCAAGAGGACGCUCAACCUGAUGGACCAGUCUGGUAAACUGGUGGAGGUCACCCUGUGGGGAGAGGAGGCAGAGAACUUUGAUGGCUCUGGGCAGCCCAUCUUGGCCAUCAAAGGGGCCAAGCUGUCCGACUAUGGGGGAAGAUCUCUGUCUGCUUCGUUCAGCAGCACCGUCAUGGUCAACCCCGACAUCCCUGAGGCAUACAAGCUGCGGGGCUGGUAUGACAAGGAGGGCCACUCUAUGGAUGGCCAGUCUCUGACGGAGGCGAGGACAGGUGGAGGAGGAGGAGGGAACACCAACUGGAAGACCCUGGCUGACAUCAAGACGGAGCACCUCGGACACGGAGACAAGGCAGACUACUUCAGCUGCAUCGCCACCAUAGUGUACAUCCGUAAGGAGAACUGUCUGUACCAGGCGUGCCCUAGUCAGGACUGCAAUAAGAAGGUGGUGGACCAGCAGAACGGCAUGUUCCGCUGUGAGAAGUGUGACAAAGAGUUCCCCAACUUCAAGUACCGACUCAUCCUCUCUGCCAACAUAGCAGACUACGGGGACAACCAGUGGGUGACCUGCUUCCAGGAGAGUGCUGAAGCCAUCCUGGGACAGAACGCUGCUUACCUAGGGCAACUCAAAGACUCGAAUGAAGCUGCCUUCGAGGAGAUCUUUCAGCAGGCCAACUUCCACACGUUCGUCUUCCGCAACAGAGUCAAGCUGGAGACCUACAAUGACGAGUCCCGGAUCAAGGCCACGGUGAUGGAGGUGAAACCUGUGGACCACAAGGAGUACAGCAAGAGACUCAUCAUGAACAUCAGGAAGAUGGCUGCCGCCCAGUAAGAACGCUCGCUUUGCUCCCUCGGCUACGUACAACCUCUUCCUCUGAUCUGCAGCUGCAGCACUUCCCAACCUGCCACGCUGACUGUGAACCAGUCUUAUGUUUGUCCCAAAUGGCACCCUAUCCCAUAUGUAGUGCACUACUUUUGACCAAAAGUAGUGCACUACAUGGGGAUUUUUUUUUUUUUUUUUUAAGCUGUGUCCAUGUACCGAACUUUGAAUAUGUAUUUUAUGCUAAAUGUACUGGUAGUUUGUUUUUGUUUUCUUGGACCAACCAGUAAUCUAGAGAGAGUGCUGCUGGGGCAGUAUUAUAUCCCUCUGUGUUAUGGUGUUGUGUGGGGGGUGACUUCUGAAAUGGCUGAUGUUUUGGGUGGUGGAUAAAAUGGAUGCAGAGAGGGAUUUUGGAGAAGGAGGGCUGGAGACGCAGAUGGGAUGGUCUUAACCACAGAAAUCAUCGUUGUGUGGUCUGUCGUAAGUCGGCCGUGUGUAUUGUGUAAGUCGAUGGGGGUCUGUGCUGCAGCUAGCGCCCUCUCUUUCACGCUGUCGCUCCCACCGUCACUAUGCCUGGCCUGGACCUGCCCAUUCUCUCACUCUGACUCACUCACAGAGCAGGCAGACUUCUAGGAGAUGCUCUUCACUGUAUUUAUGUACAUGGUUGACCUUUUGUCAUUAUUUUCAUUAUCUCUUAAGUUAAAAUAUUUUGGACAUUUUUCUUUACAUCAAUUUGGUCAAUUGAUUACAUAAAAAUAAACCUGUUUGUGAUCAAACGCGA